AUGGACAUCGGCGAGAUGACGCGCAUGGCGCUUGAUAUCCAAAUUUGCGACCAUGACCACGCCACUAUCGGGUACGCCCUCGACACCGAUGCUAGCAUCAUGGUUUCGCAGGUUGAGACAGCCGAGGAUGCAAAGCACGUCGUUUCAGCCGCCAAAUUCGGGAUGAAGAUCAAAGGCACCCGCUCCGCGCCGCCUGACCAACCCUGGAUGGUUCUAUGUCUAUUGGCCUCGUCAUCCGUUACAGCUGCGAUCCACGCCUUUUCUACGACAAGACGAGCUUCGUGUGGCUAUGGCGAUAGCCCCUUUCCGCCGCCUAGAACAGCAAGGGGACAAGUCGAUGGUUGCCCCUUUUCUCUCCUUUUCUUUUCGGCCACCUGUCUUGCCACCGAAGCUCGACGCUUCUGCAUGGAGUGCCGGAGCUAGGAUUUUCCGUUCGAAGUUGGUGAAGAGGGCCAGAACUUUGUCGUAGUCGAUGAUGUUCGAGAAACCUGCCCUUACGCCACGCGCAUGACAUUUCACGGUACACACGUGACAAGGCUUGAGAAUAGUGGCUGAGUAUUAGCAGGCACUAAAUCCUGAAGCUAAAACAUGUGGCGUUUUGUGCCCCCCUCUCCUCCCAUGGCGUAACUCCCCGACGGCUUUAUUCUCCUCUCUGAGUGACUUCAAAACUUGGAGCCAUAUUAUUUCUUCAUGGAACCUUUCCCUACGUGCUCUGAAAUUUAAAGAGACUGUAAUUAUCGCAAUUGAGCAGGG